AUGGCUGCGGUAGAUCCAACAUAUCCUGCCUACCCUAUCGCCUCGAUCCUGGCUGUAGCGACGAUGAUGCUCGUACUCUUAACAAACUUCGUACGGCAAAGUUGGAAUCUUGGCAUCACCUUCACGUGUGUUUGGUUUCUUCUCAACAACCUCUUUAACGCCGUAGACGCCAUAGAAUGGUCGAACAAUGCCGACGUCAAGCUUAUGGUGUGGUGCGAUAUCACCUCUCGUGUGUAUAUUGCUAUCGUCGUUGGGGUGAACAUUGCGCCUCUUCUGAUCACGCGUCGACUGUAUCUGAUUGCUAGACUUCAAUCGGUGGAACUUCCCGGCGCGAGAGCGAAACUCUGGGAUCGCAUCGUAGAGUGGACUCUCGGGCUCGUAUGGCCUCUAAUCAGUGCCGGGCCUCUCUACUAUAUCUUUGAAGACAUGCGCUUUAUGGUGUAUGAGGGCCAAGGAUGCACAAAUGGCAUCGCCGAAUCACUACUGUCCUUCGUCGUGCUUCAAGUAUGGAACUUGCUUCCUUCUAUCAUAUCUGUGACAUUUUACUAUCCCAAGGUCGCAUUCGUAUUCUAUCGGCAUGGCAAAGAGGCCAAUCGAUUCCUACGCAGCAACAACUCAGUAUCGCGCACGAACUACUUCCGCAUACUAGCCAUUGCUAGCAUCGACCUUUUGCUGACGGUGCCAUUGGGACUGGUGUCUUUGGCCUUUUCACUGCGCGAGCAGAACGAUUUAGGCGGCCUACCUUGGUAUCCGGGCUGGAAAGCGGUUCAUUCCCAUUGGGCGCCAUCAAUCAUCACGUACGAAGAAGCUAUAUCUGGCGGAACAGUUGCCGUAUUCAGCUUUUAUUACGACCUCUGGCAGACGCCGAUAGAAUCAUUCAUCAUCUUCAGCCUCUUCGGCCUGACAAAGGAAGCUCGCGCAUCAUACUGGCACAUCAUCUGCACCAUCUGCGGAUGGUUUGGGUGGAAGCCUGCGUCGGGCACUCGAGGGACUGCCCCGGAGAUGGGCACGAUCGAGUUUGGCGAGCGUCCUGUUGAGGAUAUCUCGCUUGGCUCGGGAAUCAGAACUCCGAGCUUCGUGAACGUCGAUCGGUCUCGUGCUGAGCACGAUGCCGAACGUGGACCUGAGGAUGCGCCCAGCGUGUCAGCGCUGGAAACUGACAAGGACGAAGGCCAAGUCAGCUCUUCCGAUAAUGCAGGAGUACUCGACAACGAGGCAGUUAUCGAAGGAAAGGUCGAGCAGGAAACCGUGUCGCUGAACUCAGGAGCGACGGCUGUAUGA